AUGUUUUGCUCCCGAGUGCUACGAGUAAAGAAGCUGUCUAUAGAUUACUUACUUUCUUCUUUGCCGGUCGAACAAGUAGUAGCAGCAGCGCCAACUUCAACAGUUCAUCGCCCAAUCAAGCUCCCACCUCGUGAUCCAUUACUGUUAUUAAUUUCUCCAGAGGUGUUAACUGCACAUUUCCAUCAUGAAGGUUAUCAAAAGCCAAGUUCUAGACAAAUAUCACAAUCUCAAAAUUUCUUUGGUUCUGCAAAAAUUAAACUUGAUUGGACCCAUAAUCAAUACAGUGACAUUCCUGAUGUAAAGCAUCAACGACUUGAUCAAGAACGACAAAUAGCUCAUGAAAAGAGAGAGGCAUAUCAUCGACCUGAAAUAUCGAAAAAAUCAUUUGGUAUUAAGCCAGAUCUUCUCAAACCUUUACCUGAAGUUCUUUUCUUGGGAAAUACUAAUGUGGGAAAAUCUACAUUGGUAAAUACAUUAUUCUUAGAUAAACAAUCUUCCAAAAAUGGAGCUUCAACUGAAUUUGCAUAUGUGUCUAGACGUGCUGGUUACACGAAAACUCUUAAUUGUUUCAAUGUCAAUAAUAAAUUGAGAAUCAUAGAUACUCCAGGAUAUGGACAAUUUGGUGAAACAUCACAGGGGACUGCGGUUAUGGAAUAUAUUGAAAAGAGAAAGGUCUUAAGAGCAGUCUACGUCUUGGUAGAUGGGGUCAAGGGGUUUUCAGAAUUGGACAAUCAAAUUAUUGAUCUUUUGAUUGAUCAAGGAAUUUCAUUUGAUGUGAUUUUCACUAAAUUAGACCAAGUAAUAAAACUGAAAGUUCCAAGACAAAUAUUAUCAUUGAAAAAUUUGGAUAAAUUAACUAAAGAAGAACGGAUAAAUAAUGCUGAAAUGGCAGAUCGUGCAAAUGAAGCUAUAUUGAAUCAUUUUGAAAAGAUUAUUCAAGAUGCAGAAUUACGUGAUGUUGCCACUUUACCAAGAAUUUUCUUCAAUAAUUCUGUGGCAUCUCAAGUGGUGCCCAAAAGAUAUGGAUAUAUGGGAUUAAGAGUAAGCAUUUUACAAAGUUGUGGAUUGGUUAGUGAAGAAAGUGAACCUUCUAAGAAAAUUGAUGAAAUUAAAGUGUCGCAAGUUGGUACAAAUACUUAUGACCCUGCUAAUCCUGAUCAAUUUUUAGAAGACCUUGAAGUUGAAGAUGUCAAGAAAAAUAAAGGGAGAAGAAAAAGAGUUGUACGUAGACUAAGUGGUAGAACUAGUACACUCUAA